AUGACUCAUGCCACUCUACAACUUCGAACAACAGGUAACUUUAUUUUGAUCCUCUACAACCUUUCAAACGGAUUUCUAUCGAACCUGACUCCUACCAAGCUCUUUUAUCGAAUCAAAAUUUCAUUACCCAAUUCCACCUUGGCCUUCUACUCUUCCGUAAGAGCCCAACAACCAGAGUUUAUAGAUCGCGUUCGCAAGAUGUGUUGCUUGUUCGAGUUCUUCCUCCGCGCCAGCAUCGAGCCUGUCAUGAUCCACCGCGAAAACAGCUUGGAACGUGACGGUAGAUGGCGUGAGGCCCAAAAACUCCGGCGGCAAUACUACACUAUGACCUUCAGCUGGCUCUACGACUUCGAGCGAGUCGGCGAGCUGAUUCGAGCGGAGAAGCAACUGGUAUUUCUGGCCCAGAAAGAAGAAUUCCUUCGCGAGUGCGAGAGGAGGUGUCUAAUACACUUGGAAAUCAAUCUAUGCCCCGACGAGUCCCUGAUCGAAAAGCUACAGACGGCCCAGAGGCUGUCGUCCGAAGUACGCCAGACUCUAUGCGAGCCCAAUGUGCGGCCAUGGGAGGAUGCUGUGGUCGAAGCUGUGGCUGCUGUUCGAGGCCGAGGAACCCGGAUAGUCACAGUCAGCACCAUGGGCAUUGCUUCUCGUACUGCAUCUGCUGUACAGACGCCAGAGGCUUUGAUAUUCGGCCCAAGCGCUUAG